UCGGCCUUCAGCUCCCUCAAUGCUCACACGGCCGUCGACAAGGACUUUGGCACAACUUUGGCCGUCGUCCCCGAUCAGAACGUCGCCGGUGGCCGUCUAAUCCUCGCUCCUACGGGGUCGAUCAACGGCGACUCGGACGAUGUCCGCAAGUUUCAGGAGGCGACCAAGGCGGCCAUGAAGCGUGCCCAGGCCGCUGGCGCGGUUGCUCCAGUCUUUUACUUCCCCAGCGAGAUCGAGACUGAUAACGAAGACUAUGCACGUUACAUUGAGGUCUCGAUCCUUGGAGCUUUGGCUGCAUGCUUUGAUCCAAUUGAUGUCCGUGAGCAUUAUGAGAAGAUUGGCAAGGACCGAUAUAUGGUGCAGAGGAUCGGUGUUGUCACCAAGGGUGCUGAGCUUACCCCUGAGCGUAUCGCCUUUGUCAACGCUGUCGAGAUUGGACGUCGCGUCGCUAAAGAUUUGGGAAGCCCCAACUGUGAGCGCAUGGCUCCUAUCCGGUUCGCAGAAUACGUGGAGAACUACUUCAAUUCCAAGUCUGAGAUCAAGUUGACGGUUGUCAAGGACAUUGAUGUCAUCGAGAAGGAAUAUCCUUUGCUCCACGCUGUCGCCCGCUGCUCUUUAUCUGUCCCUAGACACUUCCCUCGCGUCGUCAAGCUGGAGUACAAAUCUGAUGAGCCUUCCAAGGUCAAGGAAAACCUGUACUUUGUUGGAAAGGGCGUGACCUACGACACUGGUGGAGCCGAUGUCAAGUGCGGAGGUGCGAUGAGGGGUAUGUCGCGUGACAAAUGCGGCGCUGCAACCGUUGCAGGAUUCAUGGCGACCUUGGCAGAGUUGAAGCCGAAGCAUGUCAACGUUACGGCCAUGCUCGGUUUGGUCCGCAACUCGAUCGGAUCGAACGCCUAUGUCAGCGACGAGGUCCUCUACUCGCGUGCGGGCAAGCGUGUCCUCGUCGGCAACACCGACGCCGAGGGCCGUAUGGUUAUGACUGAUCCCCUUUGCGAAUGCAAGGAGCGCAUCCUGGCCGAUCGCAAGGCCGGCACCCACAUCCCCUCGCGACUCUUCACCGUCGCCACUUUAACUGGCCAUGCCAUUCGCGCAUAUGGCCCCUAUGGCAUCUGCCUCGACAACGGCCCAGCGCGCAAGGCUGGUAUCAGCCCGCGCAUCGAUGCUGCCGGCCACAUCAUGGGAGAUCCCUUCGAGAUGUCGACCCUGCGCCGUGAGGACUAUGCAGUGAUCGCCCCUGGAUCCGUAGCCGAAGAUGUUGUUCAGGCUAACGAUAAGGCCUCGAGCGCAAGUGCUCGUGGACAUCAGUACCCCAUGGCCUUUAUGGCCAUCGCCUCGGGCGUGAGCGACUUUGGUCUGGAUAAGAAGAAGCAGGAUCAGAUUGCCUACACUCACGUUGAUGUCGCUGGUAACGCAGAGGAGCUCUCAGGAGUGGGCUUCAGCUUGCCUGAGGUCACUGGCAACCCUGUCCCUGCCUUUGCCGCCGCCUUCUUG